CUUUGAUUUGACUUCGUUGAAAGAGCUUGUUGCGGCGCAUUUUAGAGGAUUUUUAAUUAUAAAUUUAUAAUUACAUCAAGAAAUUUACCGUCUAUCCCAUCUCAGUUAAGGUAAGGGGGGAUGGAUUCAGAAGAUUCGCGUGAUGGUCAGGGAGAUGCACAAUCAUCUUCAAGUAGUAGCAGCUCAAGCUCCAGAAGUCGUCGGAGCUCAUCAUCAAGUGUGUCAUCUAAAAAAGAUGCAAAGUCACCUCCACAUUCUCCCCCUCGGUCACCACCGCAGUCACCACCGCGGUCACCACCGCGGUCACCACCACAGUCUCCUCCGCAGUCACCUCCAACGUCACCACCUAGAUCACCUCGCUCACAAAGUUCCGAUUGCCCAAGGUCUCCGUCACCAGAGAUCCGCUCACGAUCCCGUUCACUGCGGUCCCAAUCUCCUAGUAAAGCACGCUCCCCCAGUAACUUGAGCGGAGCUCAUUCAGAUAUAAAUUCACCUGAAAAUUCUAUGCCAACUUCACCUGCUGGACCAAAAUCCCCAGAUGCUCCAAAGUCUCCCAGUGAGCCUGGUUCUCCUGACAACCGCGAGCAAUACUCAGCGCGACAUUCAGGUGGUGAAGGUCCAAAGACUCCCCAAAGUCCUAGCAGUUCAGUCCGGUCAGGUGCCGGAUCACCCGACACUAGGUCUCGGCCUGCUUCACCUGACUCUGCAUCACAGGCAACAUCUCCUUCAAGAAAUCCUAACCAAAAUUCUCGUCCUUCAAGUCCCUCUCCAGAUAGGAAUUCAUCUAGAUCAUCAGUAGUAAUGUCACCAAAAAAACGAGAAUGGAGCCCUAAAGAAAACUGGAGGAGGCAUACUAAAGCUGAACAGAAAAUGGUGCCUAGGUCACGAGAAAGAAGCAGAUCGGAAUCUAGUCAGUCGAGUAGAAGCUCUUCUUAUAAUAAGAGAACUAGCGCUAAGGACCCUGCUACUGAAGAAAUUUCUGAAGGUGAAAUGGAAUCAGAUCAGGAAGAAGAUAAAAAAUCUAGGAGUAAAUCACAAAGUAGCGAUAAAGCUGAUGCAAAAGAUUUGAAUAUCAGCCAUGAAGACCUAUCAGAUGUAUCAGAUCUAGACUCUUUAGGGCCAGAUGAUACUGCUAAAGGAUCAAAGCCUAAAUCUACACCGGCAUCUCCAGAAAAACUUGAGGUUAAUGGAAAUAAUGGGAUAAGCUCGCAUUCAUCACCUAAAUCAGACAGCGGAAAAGUAGACACACCUAAGCUGGACAAAGUUCCCCUAGAAAAGACCAGUAACACAGAGGAUGGCGAGGAGCAACUAGACUUUGAAGCCGAGGAAGGUGAAUGUGUGGAGCCUAAAACUGCUGAACAAGCUAAUGGAGAUGGAGAAAUUGUUGAGCAAGCUGAAGAAGUGAAGCCGCGCCGAGUAUCUAGAGGCUCAUCUCUUGAAGAGGGCGAAGUGUCAGACGAGGCCGAACGUCGGCCGGAGGAGAGCGAGCCUCGGCCCGUGUGCCGGUUCUUCUCGCGCGGCGCUUGCACGUGGGGUGUCAGCUGCAGGUUCCUACACCCGGGUGUGACGGACAAGGGCAACUACAACAUGUUCGACGUGGUGCGGGGAGUCCCUGCGGCGGGCUACACGGCGCCGCCGCGCGACGCCGCCCCGCCCGAGUCCGCCUGGGAACGAGGCCUGAGGACUGCCAAGGAGAUGUUAAGGAUAGCAAAUAAACGUAAGGAGCAAGACAUGGACUUCGAGGAGAAGAAGCUACACCUGUCCGUAGGCGGAGUAGUACACGAUCCUGACGCGGAGCUGGCGUACGCGGCCGCCGCCGUUGGCGCCUCGCCACCCCGACAUGAACCUAUGCGCGAUCCGGACGUUUUCCGGCCAGGACAUGACGUUCACGGUCCGUACGGGCCUAUGUACCGCGGUCGCUUCCCGCGGCCGGUGCUGGACGAGCGGGAGCGUUUCUUCGAGCGCGAGCGUGUUUAUGAGCGGGAGCGGGGCUACGACCGGGGGCACUACGACGAGCGCUCCGUCAUGCCCGAGGAACCAGCCUACCAUAAGCGCCGCGUCCGAUCGUCGCGCGAAGUGAUCGUCCAACGCGCCGAAGUGGAGCGCCGCGAGGCGCGCGAGGGCCGGCGGGACGGGCGCGAGGGCCGGCCCCGGGACGCGCGGGACAUGCGGGACCAGCGGGACAUGCGGGACCCGCGGGACAUGCGGGAUCCGCGGGACGGGCGGGACCCGCGGGACGGGCGCGGCGACGACUGGGCCGACCCGUGGAUGCGCGCCGAGCCCGCCGCGCGCCGCCGCCGCCCGCCCUCCUCUGACGACUCCUACUCUUCCUCUAGCUCUUCAAAUUCCAGUUCUCGCAGCUCGCGGUCGCCGGGCGCGCGACGCAAGAGAAGGGCCUCGUCGUCUUCGAGACAACGACUGUCGCCGUCGGUGAUCGUGCGCGAGCGGCGCAUGGCGAGCGCGCGCGCCACGGCCAUGAACCCGCCCGCGCCGCGCCGCCGCGCGCCCUCGCCCGCCGCCGCGCGCCAGCUCGCCGCCAACCCGCCCGCCCCGCCCCGCCACAAGGAUGAAAUUGAUCCAUAUGGUCGCAGCAAAGCAUCUAGUCGAAACAGAGACCGAAAACGAUACUCCAGAUCAUCUUCAUCUGGUUCAGAAUCGUCAUCAUCCUCCAGUGAAUCAGAGAGCGAGUCUCAUUCGUCAUCUUCAUCGGGAAGCUCCGGGGCGCGGCGGGCGCGCCAGGCGCGACUCCUCAACGCGGCUGCGAGGCCUAGGUUAAAUGCUAAAUCCAGUGCCGGCUUAGCAGCUGCAGUCUCAACAACAGUAGCAAGUAAAAAGGAAACCACUAGUGAUAAAGAAUCCGGUGGCAAAAAGCGGCCAGCUGGCUCACCGCCCAACUCGGGACCAGCCAAGAAACCAGUCUCUAGGAGAGAAGAGCUCCUCAAGCAAUUAAAGGCGGUCGAGGAUGCCAUAGCCAGAAAGAGAUCCAAGAUUUAAAAUAGUAAUGUCACACGAUGAUUUCCGCCCGGUCAGCUAGCAGGGGUGGCUAGCAGUACAAAACACGACCCACGUUCUAAACUCAAACUAUCAGUCUCCAUCCAGCCAAACGCAAUUGUCGUUGAAAUCAGAACAAGUGAACGAAUUAUGUCGUGUUAGUAUAAUUAUUAAGCAUUUAAGAAUUUGUGAUGUUCAUUGACUUAACCAAAAUGAUAUAUCAAUUAUAGGUCUUAUAGUGUUGUAGUAAACAGAUUAUUUUAAUAUGUAUACGAAGCGGUAUAAGGUCUCAAAUCUGACUAUGUACUCGUAAAACAUUAUCAAUAUUGAAAAGUGGAAAAUGUAUUUUGGUGUUGUUUGUUCGUCACAAUGUGAAAAUUGAGGGGAACCUAGUUUAGUAGGUUUAAUGCUGAUUACGUAAGGACAUUAAGAGCUGAAGAAUAAAUUCAUUAUUUUAUA